GCGGAAUGGCUGCCGAGUACCACGUCGCCCAGCCAUAGACUGUUUUAAUGGCGAAAAGUGUUAUGGGGUCAUGUGGAUUGUGACCGUCGGCUUUUUCUCACUGUUAAGACCACCGUCAACAGGUCAAACACUGUCACUGGCACAUGUCAAUGGCAAGACCUGUACUGGUAUCUUGACAAAGGGUACUGGCAGACCAUCUGAAGAGGGGGCCUUGGGAGGCCACUUGCAGAUGUGGUGAAGAAAUACUGGGAGGCAGAAAGAUACUUCUUUACCCUCAGGGUACACUAUCCCUGCCUUGUGGGCACCCUCAGCUCUCCUUCCCUCUUGGAUCUGCUACUGACACUUCUGGUGCAAACAACAGGUCUCCUACAAGACCCACAAUUCUUGACCAUUGUCAGGUCAGAUAAUUCCAAACCCAUAUGUGAUCCAAACCCUCUUCUUUCGUGCCAAGAUGUCCUAUCUGUACCAAGUUCAGGAGUGUUGUGUAGGUGGUGAGUUGUGCACCAGGAUGGACAGCCACUGUGAAGCACACCAGGCCGACGCGGUCACAAACUUGCCAAAUCCUGAGUUUCCUACCAACAAAGUGCCUGAUACCUCUACAGAUGUGGAGACCUUUGGCAUGGUGUGUGAAGCACAAAGUGAAAGGGAUGUGGACCACAAAAGUAGCAGCAGCCAGAGCAUUUUAAGUGCUGAUGACACUGCCAAUGUGGCAGCUAAUGAAAUAAGCAGCACGCCAGUAUCAGCAGCUGGCCGUGAGUCCCCAGUUACAGAUGGUGAGGCGGAUGGGGCUGGAGCUGACCCAUACUUGCCUUGCCAACCUGUUGAAUCUUUGUCUGUGAUAUUCAGCUCCACGCCGUUACGUGGUCACAUCUCCGUUGUCGAUGCUUGCGUCGGCAGUGGAGAUGAGGAGCCCAAGGGCACCUCGGGGCCCAGCCGUCCGUCCUCGACCACUGCCCCUGGGUCCCCUGGGCUGGGGGGGUCCCCUGGGGAAACACCUGUGACCCCCUCUGGCCAGCAAGGUGUUGUGACAGUAAGAGCAGCAUCAAGCCAUUGUUGUGUAGGUGGGGCUGUGGCUUCCUGUACCACACAUGCGCUGCACAACACCUCUCAGCCAACCCAGCAGCCAUCACCAGCUGCAGCACACACACCUGCACAGGCCAGUCUCAACAUUCCUGGCUCAAUGGCCAACAAUAAUGCCAAUAGCCAACUCCAGGGUAGCAACCCUAGCUUUAACCAGGAGACAAAGCAGGCUAUAGCCAGCUUACUCCAAAUAAGUGCAACCUGCAACCAAUACGCUUCAUUUCCUACUUCAUCAAAAUUCCAGGCUGCAGGCAAGCCUGGAAAAUUUGGUUUUGCUUCCUUCCCCCAUGGCUUUAUUAAAGUUAAUAAGUGGGGCAUUCCACGUGGCUUGGGUCUCAUAGGCGGGGGGGAGAGUGCAGCCAAUGGGUGGGGUGGAUCAGCCCCCCAAACGGCUGGGUGGGGUAGCUCUGGUGCCAACCAGUCCGGUUCACAGAGCCAGUGGGGUGGAGGUCCCAGUCGGGGUGGAGGGGCCCCCAACACAUCACCUGCCCAGGGAGGUAACCUCAAGCCAGCACAGCAAACUAGUGGCCCUGCCCAGCAGCCCAGUUCUCCAGCAGGCCAGCAGAACACACAGACUGGAGGAACUGUAGGGCAGCAGGGACCAACAGGAGUCAGUCAGCAGCAAACUCAGCAGGGUACCAGCGGACAAGGAGGCAGUAGUAAUAACACUUGGGCACAAGCUGCAGGGAAAGGUCUUCCAGCUGGUAGUGGGUCGGGGGAUGCUCAAAAACGUCACAUGGAGCAGCAACUGCAGAGUAUCAGGGAAGCAUUGCUCAGCAGUGAAGGAUGGGGUGGAGAAAAUGUGAACCAGGAUACCUCGUGGGACCUUCCAGGAUCACCAGAACCUGGUAAAGAUUCAAGUGCACCCCAUUUUAAGCUUAAUGUCAACAACGGAUGUGACCUCUGGGAAAACAAUUUAAGGAAUGGUGGGGCAGCCCCUCCCAAAGCUCAGCAGGCUCCUUGGGGUCAUACACCGGCCACUAAUUAUGGUGGUACAUGGGGAGAGGAUGACGAUGCAACAGAUUCCUCUAAUGUUUGGACUGGUGUUCCACCCAAUAAUCCUCAGUGGGGAGCCAACACACCUAAUCCUCCUAAUAUGUGGGCUGGUGGUGCACCUCCAAAGAAAAAUAUUGAUUGGAGCGGAGGCGGCGGUGGCAGUGGUGGAGGAGGAGGAAGUGGUGGUGCUGGGUGGGGAGAACAUGGGCCACAGAGAUCUGGUAUUGAAAAUCCUCCCAGUGAAUGGGGACCUGGGGGCCCUCACAAACCAGGACCUCAUGUUGGACACACUGGUCCACACACAGGCCCUCACCCUGGCCCCCACAGUGGUCCACAUGGUGGUCCACAUAGUGGCCCUCACUCAGGUCCACAUACAGGUCCUCACCCUGGCUCUCACAAUGGUCCUCAUGGUGGACCACACAACGGCCCACAUGGUGGACCUCAUGGUGCACCCCACAGUGGACCUCAUGGUGGCCCUCACAAUGGACCUCAUGGUGGACCUCAUAGUGGCCCCCACGGUGGCCUUACUCACGGUGUUCCUCCCGGUGGCCCAGGAGGUCCAGCACAAUGGAAUGGUCCUAAAGACAUGAAGCCAGGUGGACCAAGUGGACCAAGUGGUUGGGAGGAACCUUCACCGCCCUCACAACGACGGGAUGAUGGUACAGCUGUGUGGGGCAAUCCACAGCAACAAGCCAAUGUGUCUCGGUGGAAGGAUAUGCCUACUCCCAACAUGAUGGGUAGGCCAGGCAUACCCGGGCCACAGCAGGGACGUAUGCAGGGACCGCCAGUUCCUGCGGGAAUUAAGCCAGAUCAGCGAAUGUGGGGACAACACCCGAGAAAUGGCAGCUGGAGUGACCCCCCUCACGAUACGGGUAGUGGCAUGUGGGGGGAGGAGCCAAAAUCAGGUGGAUGGGGUGAACCACAAAUUACAUCACCAUCAUGGGGCACAAAACCGAAAACCCCAACAGGGGGCCCUGGUGCUCCAGUUGGUUGGGGUGAAUCGGACAUGGAACUUCAAGGCUGGGGACACCAAAAUAAGAUGAGUGGUUACCCUCCUCUGCUUGAUCUCAGAUCUCCCAAAGCUCUCAUACCUGAGUCCCACUUCCCAUUUGGUAUGAGUGGUUACCCUCCUCUGCUUGAUCUCAGAUCUCCCAAAGCUCUCAUACCUGAGUCCCACUUCCCAUUUGGUGUUCCUAAGGGUCUCUCAAAAGAAAUUAUCUACAACAGCAAGCAAUUUCGUACACUCCUGGACAUGGGUUAUAAGAAGGAAGACAUUGAAGCUGCGCUUCGCAACAAUAAUAUGGGUCUGGACGACACUCUAAUGGAGCUUGGCAACCGUGGGAUAACAGGUGGUGGCGGUGGAAGCGAUGCCUGGCGCAACCCUCCUUUGGAAGAACAUAUUCCUUUCGACAUUAAUAACCCCAACUUCCAGAAUCGCUUCCCUCCAGCGCCUCACCCCCUGCCAUUCACUUCACAACAGGGUGGAUCUGGCAACUCUCCGCAUGUUCGUGCUCUCAUGAAUCACAUCCAGAUGGCAGUGCAGGCGGGCUACCUCAACCCCCAGAUCCUGAACCAACCCCUGGCUCCCACCACACUUGUGCUCCUCAAUAAUAUGCUCUCCCACAUUAACGUGCUUCAGAAGUUCUCCCAGCAGCAAACCAUCUGGCAAGCUCAGGCUCACAUCAACAAAAAUUCUUCACAAACUCUACUUCAGCUCAACAUUAAUAUCACUAAAACUAAGCAACAGAUCCAAAACCUACAGAAUCAGAUAGCUGCCCAGCAGGCCCUGUAUGUGAAGCAGCAGCAACAGCAUCACCACCAGCAACUUCAUUCUCAUGUGACUGGUGGCCCCCCUGGUACUCAAAAUGACUUCUUCAACAAGCCCAGUCUUCCAGAUCCACUGUAUGGUAGCUUCAAUCCCAUGUCCGUCAAUGAACCUACUGCAAUAAACAUUGGGCAACAAGGAAGCCGUCUGCAGCAGUGGAAGCUGCCGUCUCUGGAAAAUGAUGACAAUGAUUUCAUCCGUGCUCCAGGAGCCCCAGGAAAACCUGCCAUGCCACAGUCUCAUUCAUCUCCAAACUUAACACCCCUGCUGGGAGUAUCAAAUAGUACCUGGUCUCUUAAUCGCACAUCUGAGACUGGGUGGCCGGAGAGUAACAGCGGAGGCAAUGACAACAGUAGUGGCGUUGUCGAGAAAGGGGUGCCAAACAUGGACACGCAGUGGGUUGCUUCCUCACAGGCUAAUGCCUCUGGGUCCUAUGGCCUUGACAUUAAGCCUUUUGAACCAGGAAAACCAUGGAUGAUGAAGAAUAUUGAGGAUGACCCAAAUAUAACGCCGGGUUCAGUGACACGUUCUCCUUUGUCCUUGGGCAUCAAGGACUCGGAGUUGUUGUCAUCCAUCACCAAGACCCCGACCACCAACACUGUUUCAGAAAUGACCAGCCACCUCACCUCCCUUUCCCUUUCCACCAACACCUGGAGCUUCAACCCAGGACCCGGCCACCACACCACCAACUCUCCGUUGUCAGGGGACAGCAAGCUGAGCAGUGGGACCAAUGGCAAGAGUGGGUCAUCGUGGAGCGAGACUGUCCAUGAAGGUGGCAGCAAUUUGGCCUCAGAACUGUGGGGUGCCCCAGGGAACAAGCUUCGUGGCCCACCACCAGGGCUAAUUGCUGGUAGUGUGGGUGUUCAAAAGAAUAGCGGUUUGAUCAGUGGAGGAGGGUCUUGGGGGACCCUUGGCAGAUCAACAUCAUGGUCUGGAGAGCAGCAUAGGAAUCCCCCAAACAGUGCCUUACAUUCGGCUGCUGCUGCAGCCGUUGCUGCUUCAGGAGCCUGGACCAACUCUCAGCUGCCCUCCACCUGGCUCAUCCUAAGGAACUUGACACCUCAGAUUGAUGGUUCUACCCUGAAGACACUGUGCAUGCAGCACGGGCCGCUGGUCAACUUCUACCUAUCUCUCAACCACGGCUUUGCACUCGUCAACUACGGCUCACGAGAGGAGGCUGCUAAGGCACAAGGAAAUCUCAAUAAUUGCCUGUUGAGCAACACUACAAUCCUGGCUGAGUUCGCUAAUGAUAGUGAAGUUAAACAGGUUAUGGGCCAGCAAACCCACCAGGGUCAAGGUGCCCCACCUACUCCUGCCCCAUCUAAUGCCUCGAGCUGGGGAGGCUCUGGACGGGGUUCUACCCCAACUUCCCAGUCCUCUUCGGGCUCCAAAAUAGACUCUUGGGGUAAUGGCAAUGGUUCCAAUCUGUGGAGCAGCAGCGGCCCUACUGUUGGGUCGUCACUGUGGGGUGGGGCCACCCUGGGUGACGGGGAUCAGCAUCGUGCCACACCUUCCUCACUCAAGCCCUACCUGCCGGACGGCCUCCUCACCUCCGAGUCCAUAUAAUAGGGGGGGUGGGAGGCAAAUGCCGUCACCCAGUAGGCACCGUCACAGCAACACCCUGAGUGCAGCAACCAGUGGUAGUGUAGUACCAUAACCACAUGCUAGAGCCCUGCCUCUACACAGGGUAAGCUCACAGUCUUACUCAUACACCUUAUAAUAAUUAUGCUGGUCCAUACAUGUGUAUAUCAAUCCCAAUUUUAUUAAGACACAAUGCCUUAAAAGACUUAGCUCCAAGCACACACAAGAAUAAUCAAUCAUUUCAAUGCUCUUUAUGGUUAAGGUUAAGACCAUGGAGCUAAAAUAGUUCAUGUGCUGUGACUUAAAUACAAAGUUACUUGUAUUGACAUGCUGAUGUUGACCAUUAUUUUAGGAGAAACAAAGGUGCAAGCUUGACUGAAGCAAGAGAUGAACUGCCUGCGCUUAUCAUUUGCUUCAGUUGCAUAACUGGUCCUACUUUUAAAUGCCAAUAUUAUCUAAGUCUGUUCUUACCAUGAAUCAAGUCUUAUUAUAUGAUAACAAAAGAAUAUACCUACACACAGUUUUGCAGUGUUUUUGAUGUACAUGUACCAAAAGAUAAACAAUUAAGUUAUAUUUAGUUUUAAGAGAGAUUAAUUGUAAGUUCUAGGUUAAAAUAUAAUUAAGUUUAUAGUUAAAGUUGCAGAAUUGUUCAGUGAUAGCACUCCUCUGUGUGAUAUUUCCUAAAUGGAUAAUUAUAUAUACUUUAAAUGUGCUUACUUAUGUAUCUCAAGUUCCACCACAGACUCUAGUGCUUGUAAGAUUUACAUCCUCCACACAAGAUCUGCUCAUAUGUACAAUGGAGCUCUCCAAGACUCAGCAGAUAUUCCUCAGUCUAGUGAUUAGGUAGGUACGGGGUGCAGUGAGGAGCCAGGCACCAUUCCUCGGAUCGUCCAGUAGUUCUGCUGUGUCGUCUUCAUGAAGGCCUCAUAAUGGGCUCUGCUGUGCAUUUGUCAUCUGGACCUCUCGUAGGUCUGUUGUGUCAUCAUUAAGCUAGCCAUCCAAGUCUGUUCAGUUGUCAUCAUAUUAGCCAGUUUAAUGGCUAUAUGGUGUUGACAUCAUCCAGAUUAAAGUCUGCUAUUUUGUUAGCACUCAGAAGUGGUAUUAUUAUAUCUUUACUGUGUCAUCAUAAUGCAGGCCUCUUAAGUCUACUGUGAUGUUGUAGUUGAGGCCUCCAGCCUAUAUGGCAGACAGUGUGUUGUGGUUUCAGCUAAGUCAGCAAGCAAAGCCCACAGAUCUGCUGCAUUAUCAUCUGGCAAAAAGAAUGUUGUGGCCUCUGCCAUAACGUUGUCAUGCAAGCCCUCAAUUUUGCUACCCUCAGUCGUACUCAUAUCCAUUACCAUUAUUAUAUUAUCAUGAUCAUUAUCACCCAAUUAUGAUGAACCCAUACAACCUUUGGUUCGUUGGUCUCCCCCUCCCCAGGGUGCACCUCCCCUGCUACUGCUGCUUGUCAGAGAACAAUACCACAUUGUCACUGUUGGUGUGUACGACUGCCAUCAUCUAUUCUAUGGGUGACAAUGGAAAGCAUACUGUACAUUGUGUGUACUUGUAACUUCUGGCAAGUUUGACGUUGUGAUAUGAUAGUCACCAGUGGUCCAAAGGUUAUGGUUGGGUAUUAGAUCCCAGGUUCUUGCUCCAGCAGUCUUAAGAUUGGCAGCCAAAUUCAUCGCCUCAUACAGCACAGAACACUAAGAGAGACCCAGCGUGGAUCUGCUUAGUCAUCUAAACACCACCUCUUUAUGGUUCAUAGUUGUGAGUGAUGGUGAGCGUGGCUGCCAGCCGAGGCUGCAUUAUUGUACGAAUCCUACAAUAUCUAUCGAGAUCAACUUAGUAACAUCCAGCCAAUCAGUGUUCUCUCGGAGUAAUAGACAACCAAUCAAAUUAGUGAAAUGUAAUACUUAGGCAUACUCAUAAUUAAGCUGGUUUGGGCUGAUGUUGUAGGAUUCGUGGCCACGAGUAAGUCAGCAGCAUAUACCAAGUGUCAGGUUGACAAACAAUGGUGCUGCAACAAAUCAUGCUAAAUGUGAGAUUUAGUGAUAGGUCCAGUCCACUCUUUCAUAAUGUUACUAUUAAUUCUCUUUGUCGCUCAGCUUUACUUACUAUUUUUAUCCCCACAAAACGAAAAAAAAAAAAAGCACAAAAAAAUGAUGAUUGUUGUAAUUUGUUUUUUGAACUCAAGUCAUGGUGUAGUAUUUUUCCGUAUUCAGUAUUUUGUACAGUUUUGAAAAGGAGUAUAAACAAAGUGCCACCAUAAUUUGUUUUUCGUUUUUUUUUUUCAAGGAUGAUAUAUUGUAAGUGACAGAGCUCUUAUAUGUCUGGAUAUUAUCUUGACCUCUAGCUGUAGUGAUACUUUGGAGCCAUAUCAAUAUUAUAGCUUUCAGAUUAAUGAUCUAAAUACAAUGAAUAAUCAAGCCAGUCUGCCAAAAAUCUAGACUAAGCAAGGCAGUGAAUCAUCAUAAUUGAGACUAACGCCACAUAUAACAGCAUGAUAAAUAGCUGUCAGACUUCCAGCUGUUCUGAGAAUCAGCUUUGAUGAUUCCUUGCAUUUUGGGUGGUCACGGAUUGUGUGACCUCCCAAAUGUUUAAUAGUUUUUAGUGGUAUGUGUAGUAGGGGUUGGGUUAUUAUUAUAGUAUUAGGAAACUGUGUAAACUGUCAAGGUCAGGUACCAGGCCAGGUACAGCAUUACUGGUACUUGUCAAUUGUCUCCACCUUGGUUAGCAUUAGUCCCUUACUAGCAGUAGACAUGUUUCUACUACUACUGUCUGGUUGAAUUGACUAGCAGUGGUGAUGCUUGCUCCAUGAUUUUUGCUUGUUAGCUUGGCCUGAUGCCUGGGUGGUUUUAUUCUCAGAGGAGCACCGUGUGAACCGGGCAGUGUCGAUUCAACACCGGCAUUGUUUAGUGUAAAUGUCAGGACUUUGCACAAGACCACCUGAAGGUAUAUGGUCUUACCCUCUCUGGUGCAUGACCUGUGUGCCUCUAGCCCUAAUAAAGCUAGAUCAGCUUGGACCUGACCUGUAAAACUUGUUGACUGAUAAGGUCCAGUGUCAAUGUGCAGCAAUCUCAAUAAUGGUGUUAGUGCAGCUGUAGUAAAUGGAUGCCCAAAUUAAAGGUGAGCAUGUGCUCCUCUGAAACUCAGCUGCCCUAAGAGUAAUUCUUCCAAGAUUAUUUAGCCAGUUAAGAUACUCGCCUUCUCUCCCUGUGUUAACUAUGUACAAGAACCAAACUUUUAAUUUUUGUGGUUAUUAUAAAUGAUUUACAUAGACAGCACUAUGUAUUCAAAUUGUGCUGCAAGUUGUACAAGCGUUAGAUGCCACCACUUCACGCUCUCUUGCUGAGAGGGAUCUCUGGGGUGUUUCAUUUUAGAUCUAGGGUUAUGUAUUCUGUGUCCCAAGGUUUACCUGAGGUUAAUAGUCAUCUCGCAUUUGCUAAGUUGUAGCUGGCUGCUACACUUCUCUUCGCAGUUGUGAUUUUUGCUAGGGUGAUUGUUAUUCUGCCUUUAAAGAGGAACUAAUUGUUAAUGGUAGGUUUUAUUUGAUAGGAAAUUGUUUAGUUUGUUUAAGAUUAGGUUGCAUAGUAUUUUUAGGGUGAUGAGGUCAGCUUAUGGCAUUUUCUCAGGAACCUUUGUGACGCAGGGGACGGAUAAUCUGCUCAGCACUGGUGAACAGCUUGCUGCUCUCACUAGUGACCAGUCUGUUGUUGUGCACUGCUUAGCAGUCUGAUACUCAUCUUGGGGAUCAGUAACUCCUUAAGGAACACUGGACUCCCUAUAUUAGUAGCAGUCUGCUUUAUGGGUUAAAUUCUAUUUCUUGGGUUGUGGAAUAGCUGGUUCCUUAGGUUAGUUUACUGUUUCUUCAGUUAAAGAAGCAAUUUGUAUUUCAGCAAAAAUAAUAGAUAAAAUAAUAAUAAUAUUAAUGUCUGUUACAAAAGUAUAUAAUGCUCCUGAGGUUUUGAAACAGGUUGUCCAAUUUAUGACAAAGUAGUACUCAUUUGCUGAAAGAUGAUCUAUUCCUCUGCUGAAGGGAAGAUCAGCUUGUUUAAUGAGGAAACAGUUUACUUCUUAGCUGAAGGAACAAUCUGCUCGUUUGCUUAAUGAGGAGUGUGCUUCUCAGUUGAAGGUAAUAGACCACAGCUGGGUUCUAGGGCAAUAAUGUUCAACUGUGUUUUGAGUAGCAGUUGUCACUUGAGGACCAGAAAACGUACUGCUUGGUUCUAAAGAGCAACGUGCCGCUCAUCUCUUGGUGGUCCACGUGUUGCAGUGCAUUUCUCUCAAACUAUGCAGGACUCCCAUCUAGAGUUUCCCAGUCUGCCUUUAGGGCCAAACUCAUUCAUUGCAUUCGACGAAUGAUAGGUGUAAGGAUCUUUGUAGUUGGAAACUCCGUCUCCUGCAUUUAUUCUCAUUAUUAGUGCAAUAUUUUAUCAAAAUACAAAGAUCAUAAAAAUAAUUUGAUGCAUAAAAUUGAUGCACAUAUAAAACUCAAGGAUGUCUUGUGGACAAUCGUAUGUGAUGCAUGAUGAUAUAUUCGUGCACAUGGAUGACCGUUAAAGUGAUUGCAUGACUUACAUUCAUGCUUUAGGGUGACAGUUAGUGAUGCAUGGUUUAUUCAUGCUUUAGGGUGACUAGAGAAGAAGCGCAAUGCCUUAUUCAUUCCUCUUGAGAAAAGAAGUGUAGUUGUGACGUUGUCUGACGUAAUGCUGAUCAACUACUAACUUAUAACUACCGUCCUAGCCUGCGUCUUCAGUAUCAAGAACUCCACACAAGCCUUGUUUCACAUCUCAUGUGAUAACUGGUCUUCAUGAUUGUUUUAUUGGUAUACAAAAGAACCUGUGACAAAGUAACUGCUGGGUGCAGGGAAGCAAGGCUUGUGUGGUUGAUUAUAUGUGCACAAGCUGUGUUUGGUGCUACGUGUGAUCCGUGGACUGUUGAUGGAGGACCAAAGCCUCAGUAGUUGGCCACUGGCAUCCUAGCUCCUGCGCUUGCCCGUCCUACCUGCUGCCCCCACACCGUCGCCCACCCGCCCACACUGUGCACGUCACACUUCCGCACCUAUCAGCGUAAAGACACUCUGAGUGUAGGUGGCUGUGUUAGUAUGACUGGGGUGACUACAAUAAUUUUAGUUUUGCCUGUGAUGUUUUACUAUGUUUCUUGACUAAUGACUGGUGAUUUUCUUGUUUUAUGGGUUAAAUAUAGUACUAAUGACUAAAAAAGACUGUUAAUGUACUCAAUUUAUGGUGUGGAUGAGUGGUAAUAUAUAAAUAUAAUUAUAAAAUAUAUAUAUAAAUAUAAAUAUAUAUACUAGCACUUAGUGUAUGGUAAUGUGUAUUGAAGUGUAGUAAUAUGACAGUGUGGUUGUGGUGAUGCUUUGAUAGUAUGGGUGGGCAGCAUCACCAGGGCAUGGAAGGUGCCGUGUCAGGAGUGCUACAGGGCCUGUGACCUAUCCAGGGACUCAGUUCAUACUCGCCACUACUACCCAUCUCUAGGAUCUCAAGUCUGCAUUAUGCCCUCCUCCCCCCUCCCCCCUCCCCCCUCCUUUUUUUUUUCCCAGCACUACUACCCCAAUAACACUCAGAAUUAGUGUUAAACUCGUGCCAGAUACUGGUGAAAGAAGCACAUCCCUGGUCAGGUCCCAGGCCCAACACAUCUUCCUUGCUUAGGGGCCUCACACAACUUCCUCCCCUAGAAAAUAGUCAGUAGUCCUACUUGGCAUCUAUACAAAAAAAAAACAAGAAUAAAAAGAAAGCAUUUAGUAAAAGUAAAUAAAAAAAAAUAUAAAAAGGAAAAUGUAUGCCAGGUAGAGUGUAUGGUGUGAGGUGCCUAAGGUUGUUAUGGUUGUGAGAUGAAUCCAAGUGUGAUACUCCCCUCUCUGGUCAGACACAAGGGCUUCACCACCCUCAGCAAGUGCAACGUAUAUGUGCCUUGUGUUUGAUUUAUGGUGGCCUGCAAUGACACCACCACCACCUCCACACCAACCUGUGCUUGUGUGCCCUCUAUAUGGGGAUCUCACAGUGUGCACAACUUCCCUAAGCAGUGGAUAGUGUAGGAUUUGAAAAUAGCAGUUUGAGAAAGAGUAGCAACACCAAAAGCAAAGCCUCAUAGGAAUGAUUUAACUAUGCCUCGCCUCAGUGUGUUAAUGGAAAGUGCUAGCUGAGGGACAACACGGACUUCCUAUUUAAUGAUUAGUGUGUAUAAUGCACCAAGGAGAUACAUACUGUAUUAUAAGUUUGUGCAAAGGAAGGCUGUGGUAUGGUAAGCAGGAAGCAGACAGUGAUGGGAGGCACAUGGCCGGUCUCAGGGAGCAGUCGACCAGGUGGCAGUAAGAAGGGCAGUGUUAUGUUUGCAUCAGCUGCUAUUUGGAGAGAUUGAGUUGGCUAAAGGCCUGAGGAGUACUUCUGGCUUCACUACCACUGCUGCUACUGCUAUCCAUCUAGCAGUUGUUGUUGCUGCUCUUUCUCCAAAACUCAUUGUUGCUACCACUGUGUGUGAGGUUGCUGCCAGCAGGAACUCUGUGGUGCCUCUGUGGUGUCAGCCAUCCCACACCUAAAUGUGCUAAGUAAUUCCUGUUGUAAAAGUGUCCUGAUUCCAAAGAUCCUUGGAGUUCCAGUUAAGGCUUUUGGGUGAUAAAACUUGUAUUAUGAUUUUUGUACCUGACUAUGUACAAGUCAAGAUAUUCUUUUAAUAUUGCUAUAUAGAUUAAAAUAUACACAGUUGAUUCCAUGAAGUGGUAAUAACUGUAGCUUAAACGAACUUGACACAUGCAGUCAAAGAGUGACUUAACCUGCAGUCAACUACUCAAUACUCUCCUCGUCAAAAUAACAAUAAAGCUGAGUAGUAGUUGGUCUCAGUUUUGUUACCAUCAUGUUGGAGAGUGACAGGUGGGUGAAAUGUGUCCUGUGCUGGUGAUGGGGGUUUGGAGAGAGUGGGAGGGCCAAGUAUCCCUUCACCCCCUCCAAAUAUUGUUCUUUUCAUUCAACACUUAACACUGACUCUACUCUGCCUCUCACCAGGCUUCAUUAUGUGCUUUUAUUUAGUAGAGUAAUCUGUAAUCAAUUUUAUAAUUGCAGCAAUGUCACAAUAUUGUCACAAUCCUUAUCCUAGCUCUCCUGGAGGGUUGGAAGUAUAAUGUUGCUUCCUGCAGCUGCAUAACCCACUUUUUAAAAUGAGGCAACUAAUAGUUGGGUCACUAUAAGAACUGAAGGAGCCCUGAAGGAUGGGCCUGUAAGGUCCUGACCAUGACUAGACAGAGCCAUCCUUCAGUAACCCCCAACACCACCACCACCAUCACCACCCACUGCUCUAUACUGCACCUCAAAGACAAUUGUUGCAGCUUUGUCAACACUGAAAUGCAUUUCAAACAUGAGAUUCCAAAGAUACCUUGAAGGAAGUAAUGGGUGCCAUUUGUAGCAACUGAUAGGUUUAUGACUUCUUGGUUUUGGUGCCAAAUUAAACUAGUAAUAACUGGAUAUGAUCAAUAGUAAAUAAUAUUUCUCUUAUAUAAUUAUAGCUUGAAUGUAAGUUUUCUUAAGUUUAGCCUAUCUGGUCAUGUCUUCUUGUAGGAAAAUACACAAAACAAUCUAGGCUGUGUUCCUUUGUCACCGAUUCCAGUGUUGCUCUUAAUCACCUAGAUGUAAUGACUGAAGUGAUGGUUGCGUUCUCAUGGUUCUCGUUUUGGACAUUUUGAUUAGGGACAUGUAUACUGAUGAGGGCAUAAUAGUUGUAUCUUAUUGAUACUACCAUCAAGACAUAUCGCACACUCCGUGCACGUUCUCUUGAGUAAUGUGUGCGCGGCGGUGAACCAAAGCAUUUGUUGUGUGUAUUAGCAUCACCCCGCAGCCGCAGUUUGAUGCUGCUGUUGUGGCAUCCCGCUGCCAUUGUGCCCCCCACCUCCUACCCAGAAUUGCUCCAACCCUCCUCCUCCUCAGGGAGUGGUUAGGGGUGGUGAUGGCGGGCCCCCAACUGCAACCCUUGUAGAGUGUGGUCAUAGUUGGGGGCUUCUGGGGUGAUUGGUGGCAACCUGCCAUAGCUCCACCUGAGGCUAGACAGGCAAGUCUUUCCAUGUAACUUAAAUGGUAUUAUCACAUCAGCACCGGUAACGAGUCAGAAUUUUGUAUUAGAUGAGUGAUGUACGUUUUAUACAUAUAUUUUUAGAUGUGCAAGGCAACGGUCGUUGGUGCAGGACUUAGCGUAAUAUUGACUAAUGCUAUGCCCUGUAUGGUUGUUGCUGCCAGUAUUUUUUCCUCAAGUAAUAUGAGAUUGAAUCACUGGUAUAUUAUUGGCGAAUUGCUCAUACAUGUAGAAUGUGUUCAAGUCUGGUCUAAGCUCUUUUACAACAGGGAAUUAUCUUAGUAUCCUUGUGAGGUUUUGUUGAAGUAGUAGGUGUAAGUUGAUUACGGCCAGGAUGUGGUCCAGGGUAGCACCGGUGGUCCGAACGUCGAGGCUUUCACUUUAUAUGUAAAAGAGCUUAAUAGUGUCUCUCUAUGCUGUGUAGUGGUGGCAUCUAAUACGUGACUAAGCUAAGGUGAUUUACAGAUAUUAAAGUCUACAAAAAGUUAUAAAAAUGUACUUGCUAUUGUGAAGGGAUGGUUUGUUGCCUGCUCAGGGUUACCGCACUUAACUUCUGACGUUCAUAUGAUGUGUGAGGUGGCAGGCAGAACUUGUUGGGUAACAAGUAGUCUUUCCUACCCACAUCCCCAUAUGCUGGGGCGGGGGGUGUGUUGCAGCCUCCUUGUCCAGUGAGCUUGUCUAGUCCUGAGGGUCUCAUGCCAAGCCUGCUUGACAGAUUGCUGUGACUGCAGUGCUUGGCUGUGGGUCCUCACCCUCAGGAGGUGCCACACUCCCACCGCCCUUACCAUUUUAUUUUCCCACCAUUCCACAAGAUUCUUUUAUCAUUUCCUUUCUAACUGCUUUCAAAUACAUUUUCACCUUGGACAACUCUUCUGGAACCCACCAUGGCAUAUUACAAUAUCCCUCCCUCAAGUAGCAGCCGCAGCUGCUGCAGCCAUGUCAGGUGCUCCCCCCGUGCCUCUCUUGUGUGUUCAGUGGCCCCGGUCCCUGCCCAUAUGCAAGCCUCAGUCUCCACCACGACAUCCGGGGCCUCCACCUCCAUGUGACAUGACACGCCGCAACUGCUGCCAGGACUGCCUGCCAAUCCCAUUCCUGCUAUAGCCAAGUGGGUUCUUUCCUUUUCCUUGCUUAAAUCUUUCCAUUAAAAUAAAUCCUUUAACUUUCUGACAUGUACUGCUUGCCAUUGCCUUCACACUUCCAAUGUAGCAAUGAAGCCAGGAGCAAUAAGGUGAGCUGUCGUGUCCGCCGUCUUCUCAGCCCUGUAUUUUCUGGUAGUCAGCCGCAGUCCACAGGCUGAGGUGGUUGAUAGAGCGGCAUGUGUGAUCCUGGUGGCCGUGGCAGGUCACGUGGCCAGGAGCUGGGAGGGCGGUGCCUGCGGCAUGCCCCAUGUAUCCACGUGUUGGUGUUGUGUUGCCAUGUUAGCAGGCGGCCGCCAGGUUUUACCGUGCUCACUCUGCCGCGCCGGCGGUUACCCAGCAGACCUUACUCCCAAUGUUUUAUGAUAGGCAAAGAGCCAGCAUUAAGGGUUGGGAGAGGCUGCAUGGUGGGUGGCCUGGCACGGCUGGCCUGUCCUCCCUACCGUACCACUGCACAUUCCCACGAGCUAGUCAGGGCGGGGCACCACACAACACCACUACCUGUGCCAGGUAGGUGGUGGCCCACAACAGGUAGGACCCAACACCCAUUGUCCUAGUGACAGUGGACAGGUUCUGUGUGGGAGGUGCCAUCCCGCCCUUGGCACCUCUUGAUAACCAUGCCACAUGAUGCAUAUCCUAGCUGGUCAGUGUGCUUGGACAGGUCAGCGAUGCUUUUAAUAUAAUUAUUUAUACAGGCUUUCUUGUACUGGAUGUUCCAAUAUGCAUAAAUAAAUUUGGUCUCAGUGUUUACACCUAUAUA